AUGGGUGACCCUCUUACUCCAGCCAUCCUCCUCUGUAUCCGGUCGAUGGCUGCUCCGCUCGGCUUCUUCAUGGCUUCUCAUACCUCCGUUCUGCACGAAAGUCUACUGAUUGACCUGGCCGACUUCGCCACGGGGCAAGCCGAUCCUCGUUGGGUCGGCGCCUGGUGGCUUGGAUGGCUACCAUUGAGUGGGUUUACGGCCCGACUGAGCCUCGAAUGA